CAAUACUUGUUCAAUAUGUCUAACAAAUCCUUUAUAAAGCGCAGCACAAAUAUCAGUGCAGGACAACUGCAUUAUUAUCACACGGAUUUCUACUACUCGAUGCCCGAUUUGCAUAAGACCCGCAAGAUGCACGGCGUCAAGCGUGUGCUCGUCUUUUGUAUUAUGAUUGUAAUACUGCCGGCAAUACUGAUCAUAAUGCCACUCUAUAUGCGCAAGACGAUCUUCGCAGAUGUCAUCUACCCGGUCGCCGAAUCGGACAUCAUUGAGAUUAGGGAUGGCAUUUCAUCGAUCUUCUGCUCGAAGCAUACGCUGCGCAUGAAUAGCCAUUUCAAUGCUUUUCAGCUGCGCAAUAAGCCCGAAAUAUCCACGAAUCGCAAGCACAUCAGGCUGAAGAAGUCAAUGACACUGCCGGACGAUACCCUGGAGUAUUGGGGUUUCUUUCUGCUGAAGGGUGCUCGCGUUUCGCUCAAGUUCUGCUCGCGCUACAAUGGAUCGCGUUUGCUGGUGAUCAAGGGCAAGCGAGAGCUGAAACUCUGCGGCCUCACCGAUCACAAUAAGAACAAACUUGGCGCCAACUAUGCCCAGGGCCAUGAACAGGUCAAAGUAUUCUUCGAGGAUGUGGUGGAAAUCACCGAGGAGAAGCUGCCAGUCGACGGAUUGCUCGAGCAUGAGAAUCACGGAGGCGAAGAUCUGAGCGACGAUCGUCUGCCAGCAAAUGUCAGCCUAAAGCCGACGCCGGUGCCAACGCCUGCAAAGCGACUGCAAAAGAAACUCAAGAAGGGCACAACUCAUCCGUUGCCCAAGUCAAUGGAAUCACUUGAUCCGACUGUCCACAACGAGAGCAGCAAUGCGUCAAGCUAUCGCACGAGACGUCAGACAGCCCACGAGCGGGGCAAACGGCAGCUGUACGAGCAGCUCUACAAGCGCAAGGAGCGACAGAAGCGUGAAAAUGUCUAUGACCGGAAAUACAGUCACGGCGGCAAUGCUGUGAACUUUACGGAGACUGAUGAAUCCAAUUCCAUAUCGAGCUUUGAGACUGGACUCUUUGAAUGCUUUAAUGGUGCCAUCUUGCUGGCCGAGGGCUUUCCCCCGAAGCCGGCGUGCAUGAAUGCGCAUUUUCUCGAAAAGGGCAAACACGAUACGGUCAAGCAUAAUAUCACCGAGGAUGGUUACUAUUAUUAUAUAUUUUACAGUGACAACGAUCUGGUGCGCAACGAUAUACACGCCAUUUUCGAUAUCUAUAAGCCAACAUUUCAAUACUCGAAUCUAAGUGAAUCGCGUGGCUGCCUGAACAGCACCGAUUGCAGUUUCAACAUUGGUUUCCUAUCCGACGAAAUAGUCGUCGUCGAGGUGCCCACACGGGAUGGCAUCGAGCAUGAGGACGAUGAUAUUACAAAUCUCAUCUCAACCUGUCAUCCGCGUAGCGAGAUCUAUGCACUAUUUCCCAUAACGGUGCUGGUGCUCAUAUUAUGCUGCUCAUUCCUAUAGAAAAGUGUGCGACGUGAGACGUUCGCAGUUUGUACUCUAAGAAUCUUGUGAUAAUUGAGAUAAUCGAGUGAUAUAUAUGUAUGUAUGCGUAUGUGCGUGAGCUGGCCCAUAAGACAUGAAUCAUCAUAAAGCAUGCAUCAAAUGUAACACAGUCUGAACCCAUGUGUAACCAAAACAAAUCAACUAGAAUAUACUAUAUAAACGAACUUAAAAAAAAAAACAAA